UAGAGCCGUGUCUUGUUGUCGCGCAGAAUAAAUGCGACCCAAAAGCCACCACGCCUAGCCUAGCACCGCAUCCACCACCACCCUUCCUCCCUCUCCGGCCGCGGCUCUCUCUCUCUCUAAAAACCUCGUCUUUCUAGACCUUUCUUUCGCCUAUAAAUAUGAGAAUGCUUCUCUUCUUCUCUUGCAGCUUCUUCUUGUAUCCUAAGUUUGUUUUGAUUUGACAAAUUGCCCACACCGUAGCUUAGUCUUGAAAAAGAACACAGUUAGACGACUCCUCUUAUAAAUAUCACCAUCUUCUUCCAUCAAAGCUUGUAUUUGUCUCUCAAUUUUCUGCCCAUUUACGCAGGGUGAAUCUUGUAUUGGAGGCAUAGUUUCUCCAUGGGAGAGGCCCCAGCUUUCACUGUUGAUGAUCUGCAGAAUGGGUAUCAGAAUGGAUUUGGUUUUAAAUAUAAGGACUGUGAAACAGCCAUUACCAUACAAGAUAAAACUUACGUCAUUGGUGGUAGUGAUGAUGAAUCUGAAUCGUCUAUUGGAGUUCGAAUUUUUGACAAAGCUACUGGGAACUGGGAAAUUCCAACUGUGCUGGGAACAAAGCCCAAGCCAUGUAAAGGACACUCAGCUGUGCCAUUGAACGAUGACCGAAUUUUGAUUAUUAAGAAGGGAUCAGCACCAGAUGACUGCAUUUGGUUUCUUGAGGUGGAUACUAAGUAUGUUAGGGAGCAGAAGAAAGAUUUGGGGACAGAGGUUGUGGCCUGGAGUAAGGGUGUGAGGGGCAAUGUUGAGAGGCCAGUUGUCAUAAGUGGUCCUUCAGGCGUAGGUAAGGGAACGCUAAUAUCAAUGCUCAUGAAGGAAUUCCCAUCGAUGUUUGGAUUUUCUGUAAGCCACACGACUCGAGCUCCAAGGGGUAUGGAGAAAGAUGGAGUGCACUACCAUUUCACUGAGAGAAGUGUUAUGGAGAAAGAUAUAAAAGAUGGGAAAUUCCUCGAGUUUGCUUCUGUUCAUGGGAACCUUUAUGGAACAAGUAUUGAAGCUGUUGAGGUGGUUGCCGAUGAAGGGAAGAGAUGUAUUCUUGACAUUGAUGUCCAAGGGGCGAGAUCCGUGAGGGCUAGCUCUUUGGAUGCAAUUUUCAUUUUUAUCUGUCCACCCUCAAUGGAUGAACUUGAGAAGAGACUUCGUGCAAGGGGUACUGAGGCAGAGGAGCAGAUUCUUAAGCGACUUCGAAAUGCAGAGGUGGAGAUGGAACAAGGAAAAUCAUCAGGCGUCUUUGAUCACAUCUGUUAUAAUGAUAAACUUGAAGAUUGCUACGACAACCUCAAGAAACUCUUGGGGCUGGAUGGAAAUACAAUACCAACCCAAAAAUCUCCAGCACCCCAAGGGAUUAAUCUGCUUGCAGACCAUUUGAUAUCAAAGAUCAGUAAUAAGAUCAUCAUAAAAUGUGGAACACCAGAAGUAGAGAAGGGAUCGAAGAGCUUGAUUGUCUUGGAUGUAUCCUCACUCAAGGGAGGGUCACCUGGACGAACAAGAGGACUUGAUGUGUAUGAAAUCGACUCGUUCUCAGAUGGAUUGAAUGACAUCAAUCAGCUAAGCUAACGUCUGGAGCCCUCCGUAAUUACACUAACUUGGUUUUCUCAAGUUCAUGAUUUACUUCCAUCUUUACUCAUAACUAAAAAGAGGGAAUGGUGACAAAAAGGCUCUAGAUGUGAAUUCGCCUAAUAAUCGCUCUUUCUGGAUUCAUGUUCGUUUCCAUUUUUUUCAUAAUCAUUCUUUGCCUUGUUUUAGAAAAGGAGAUGACUUGGAUUAGCAUUUGAAAGCAACAUGAUGAGCCUCCAUGUGUUUAGAUACAGCUCCUAUUGGCAACUAGGAAUUGUUAAAUGCUUGCAAGCAAUUCUUUCUUUCUGCCUUUUUUAGCCA